AUGGGCGCCACGCGAAGUACAAACCUGAAGACUGUGCUGGGUAGAAGCAUCUUCGCGGCCGAUGGUGCGUCCUGGCGCGCGGCACGAGACAUGAUGAGGCCCCUGGCCGCGUUACUCCUGUCUCUCACAUUGGACUCUGCGACGGAACUAUUCCUCGGUCAGAGCACAUCCACCCUCCAAGCGUCUCUUGAUGGAGACGAUUCCCACCUUGGAAUGGAGUUCCAUCACGCCUUCGAGCGCAUGGUGGCUGUCCUCGAAACGCGCGUCCGCCUACGCAGCUUCUACUGGCUCUAUGGCACGCGCGAGCUUCGUUUAUGCGUGGAGACUCUGCAUGGUUUUGUUGACAUUGCUAUUACCGCCUCAGAUAUGGCCAAAAAGGAGGGCUCUUCCCAGGCACUAUAUGACUUUCUUAAUGUCCUCCGCGAGCGGUGUAGCGGUGGCGAUGAAGAGGUCAGGGAACAAAUCCUUGGGCUUCUCGCCGCGGGACGAGAUACCACGGCCUCAUUGAUGAGUUGGACAUGGUACUGCCUUCUCCAUAACCCUCGUGUGUUCGUAAAACUUCGCUCCGAGAUCCUUUCUACCUUUGGCUGCAGCCCUGAUGGCCCUUCGGUUACGAUGACGUUUGCUUCGUUGAAAGAAUGCACAUACCUUCAGCACGUGCUCUCCGAGACCCUGCGACUACCGUUGUACCCUUCAACUCCCGCCGCGCGCUCCGCGACACGACCCUCCCAAUGGGCGGCGGGCCGGACGGAAAGAGCCCCAUCUUUAACCCUAAAGGAACAGAGGUCAACUUCAGCACGCACGUGCUCUACAGGCGGUAAGGACCUCUGGGGCGAGGAGGACGCGGACGACUUCGUUCCUGAGCGUUGGGAGAAGCAGAGGGGAGCCGCGAGCGCCGCAUGGCAUUUCGUACCGUUCAAUGGAGGUCCGAGGAUCUGCAUCGGCCAGAAGCUCGCGUUGACGGAGGCCGGGUAUGUUCUUGUCCGAAUGCUGCAACGGUAUGAUGCCGUGAAGAGACUAGAUGUUGACCUGACCCGUGAUUGGCAUAACUUCACCGUAGUGUGUAGUCCAGGAAGUCCAGUUAAUAGGAAUCAGGCCGUUCUGUGCCAGUUGAAGCUGGCUUAA